AUGGACAAAACACUUCACAGUUAUGGACUCUUAGUCACUCAGCUUGACGACAAUGAGUCUACAUCACCAGAUCCACCCUUUAACACGGAAAACUAUAACCUGGAAGAGAAUCUUGGAGAUGAAAGCAGCCUUUCUGCGGUUCAACCUCACGAAAACUCUCCAUUAUCAGCUUCAGCUUCACUUCAUCAGCCUCUUGGGUCUUCUUUGCCCGAAGUAGAGACCCCUGUUCGCAUAAACCAACGACAGCUUGUCCAAUCUCGUCCUAACUUCCCGCGCAGCAACACAGAGCAUUCGCAUUUACAUACUCAUGUUAGCCUCACACAUAAUUCAAAUCUGUCGCCUCAAGAUCCCAGCUUCUCUCCAUUGGAGUGUCCUCCGUAUCCAACAAAUGAUGUCAACUUCGAUGAAUGGACCAACUUUGCUGCCUAUUGUGGCACGGCGCCAGAGCCAGAGCUUCUCAAUCUUCUGUCCAAUGAAAAGAAUGCAAGUCUUCACGAAAAGUACUUUAUACCUCGAUCUGUAGAUGAUAUUAAUAGCGAGAAUCCGUCCUCUUGUGCCAACAAAGUGACGAUGCGACUUAGAACACACGACUUUGAGGUAACAACUGCUCAAUCCACAGAGUCACUUUCCUGA